UAUUGCGUUGUUAAAUGGGCAGUGCUGACAAAUUCAAUUCGAACUAAUUUAAAAUUUAAAUUUUUUGAUUUCAUUUUAUGCGCAAUAUAUAAAUUAAUCGUUAAAUGAAACUAUUGUUUAUCUUGAUAAUUUCAGCGCAUAUUGCGCUGGUCACACUGGCUCAUUUUGUUCUCACUUUUUGCAGUUUUGUUUUUAAGUUGCGUUUUCAUUAAUCAAUAAAAAUAAUAAUGGGAAAAAGCGAAAAGAAAUCGAAGCGGUCCAAGGAAAAACACAAGAGCAAGCGCAAAGAGCACAAGGAGAAGCACAAAGGCAAGUCCAAAAAAUCCAAAAAGCACAGCAAAAACAAGGCAAUUAAAGAGGCAACAAUGGCACCAAAGAUUGAGGCUCCAAAGGUAGCUCCAGCUGCAACAGUCGACAGUGGCAGCGAAGAGGACUUUGCAAUACCAAUAGCGCUUAUGAACAGCAAAUCACAUGCUCCGGAGACGCCGGAGGAAUAUCAACGUCGUCAAAGCCAAAUAAGACGUGAGGUGGAUCCUGUGACGGGACGUACACGCCUCAUCAAGGGCGACAGCGAAGUGCUCGAAGAAAUUGUGAGUAAAGAGCGCCAUCACAGCAUCAACAAGAAGGCAACGAGCGGAGAUGGUGAAUACUUUGAAAUGGAAUCCUUAGCAGCUGCCAAGCGACAGAAGCCAAAGUAAAAUGCAAGAUA